UUCACACACAACCUCCUUCUCUCUUACACCUCCUCAUACACAUCUCUCUCUUUAAUCUUCAGCAUAUCAUCAAUCAUGCCUGAGAGAGUCAUCGUCGUCGGCGCCGGCCUUUCCGGCCUGAGUGCUGCGCACACCAUCUACCUCGCCGGUGGCAAUGUUCUCCUCCUCGACAAGAACAACUUCAUGGGAGGCAAUUCCACCAAGGCCACCUCCGGAAUCAACGGAGCCCUGACCCGCACCCAGGUCGACCACAAGAUCCAGGACAGCGUCAAGCAAUUCUACGACGACACAUUCAAGUCCGCCCGUGACAAGGCUCGACCAGAUCUCAUCAAGGUCCUCACAUACCAGUCCGCCGCCGCUGUCGAGUGGCUGCAGGAUGUCUUCAACCUCGACCUGACCCUCGUUUCCCGGUUAGGAGGACACUCCUACCCGCGUACCCACCGUGGCCACGAUGCCAAAUUCCCCGGUAUGGCCAUCACCUACGCGCUCAUGCAGCGAUUCGAGGAGCUGUCCGAGAAAGAGCCAGAGCGUGUAGCCCUCAUCAAGAAGGCCAAGGUCAAGAACAUCAACAUGGACGGCCAGCGUGCCACUGGUGUCACAUAUGAGUUCAACGGCGAGCAGGUCACUGUGGACGGCCCAGUUGUCCUGGCCACCGGUGGUUACGCCGCCGAUUUCACAGAGGACUCGCUCCUCAAGAAGCACAGGCCCGAUACCUUCGACCUCUCCACCACCAACGGCAACCACGCUACCGGUGACGGACACAAGAUGUUGAUGAAGAUUGGUGCCAACGACAUCGACAUGGACAAGGUGCAGGUUCACCCAACUGGUCUGGUCGACCCCAAGGACCCAACCGCAAAGACCAAGUUCUUGGCUGCUGAGGCUCUCCGUGGAGAGGGUGGUCUUUUGUUGAACAACAAGGGAGAGCGAUUCGUCGAUGAGCUCCAGCACCGUGAUUUCGUCUCCAACGAGAUGUGGAAGCAGAAGGAGCAGGGUCUGUGGCCCAUUCGCCUCGUCCUCAACAGCAAGGCAUCCAACACUCUCGACUUCCACACUCGCCAUUACUCCGGCCGUGGCCUCAUGAAGAAGAUGACCGGAGCGGAGCUUGCCAAGGAGAUCGGCUGCGGCGAGCAGGCGCUCAACAAGACAUUCACUGCAUACAACAAGUACGCCAACGGCGAGGAGAAGGAUCCAUACAACAAGAAGUUCUUCCAUAACUUCCCGGUUGAGGUCAACGACGACUUCCACGUCGCCCAGAUGGAGCCCGUGCUCCACUUCACCAUGGGUGGUAUCGAGAUCAACGACCAGGCUCAGGUCCUGAACAACCAGGGCAAGCCUUUCGAUGGUCUGUUCAUCUGCGGUGAGUUGGCUGGUGGUGUUCACGGUGCCAACCGUCUCGGUGGUUCUUCUCUCCUCGGAUGUGUCGUCUACGGCCGUGUUGCGGGUGCCAGCUCAAGCAAGUACCUCAUGCAGCAGGCACUCAACAGCGCCGGUGGCUCCGCCGCGACCCGUGCCGGCCAAAUCAGCCUGCACAUCGACCCAAGCACACCCGGCAAGAUCUCCGUCGAGUGGGGCAACGGUGCCUCUGCUUCAAGCAGCGACAGCGCCGCAGAUAAGAUCAACCAGCAAAAGCAGCACUCCGCUGCACCCGUCAUGGGCAAGAACCAGGAGCCCGGCAAGGUCGAUGAGCCAUAUGACCCAAAGAACUUCAAGGUGCCUGAGAAGGAGUUCAGCUUGGAGGAGGUCGCAAAGCACAACAAGAAGGAGGACCUGUGGAUCGCAGUCAAGGGUAUCGUCAUGGAUGUCACCAACUGGGUUGACGAGCACCCCGGUGGUCCUCAGGCACUGUUCAGCCACAUGGGCAAGGACGCUUCAGAGGAGUUUGAGAUGAUGCACGAUGAUGAGGUUAUUCCCAAGUACGCGAGCUCCAUUGUCAUUGGACGCGUCAAGGACCAGGAGAUCACUCUGGAGUACUAGAGAGACUGAAAACAGCAAGCGAUGAUGGUGACAUUUGAUGGGAGUUGGACUGAUUUUUUGGAGGAUCUCCCGAGCUGGAUAGCUUGAGCGUGUGUGUACAUUUCAGUGUAUCUUUUUCUGAAUGAGAUCUAUCUUCUCGCUGAG